CCUUGGGGACAUAAGGCUGCUUUCGAGGUCUCCUUUCUCUUCCAACCCUCACUUCUCCCUUUUAGGAGUUUGCUGGUCCUGAUGUCAGUCACGACCAGCGUGGGGCCGGGCCCCUCCGAGGGCUUCACCGCAGCGCCCACCAGUGACCCUGAAGAGAUCCACAACUGGAACGACCUGCUCUACUUCUUCAACCACACUCUGCCGGAGUGCCGGAUGGAGCUCAACGAGAACACCAAGCAAGUGGUCCUCUUCGUCCUCUACCUGGCCAUCUUCGUGGUCGGGCUGGUGGAGAACAUCCUGGUGAUAUGUGUCAACUGGCGCUGCUCGGACCGGGCGGGGCUGCUGAGCCUCUACAUCCUCAACAUGGCCAUAGCGGACCUGGGCGUCGUCCUGUCUCUGCCCGUGUGGAUGCUGGAGGUCAUGCUGGACUACACAUGGCUCUGGGGCAGCUUCUCCUGCCGCUUCACUCACUACUUCUACUUUACCAACAUGUACAGCAGCAUCUUCUUCCUGGUGUGCCUCAGCGUCGACCGCUACGUCACCCUCACCAACGCCUCUCCCUCCUGGCAGCGCCACCAGCACAAAGUGCGGCGGGCCGUGUGUGCAGGCGUCUGGAUCCUCUCGGCUAUCAUCCCACUGCCCGAGGUGGUCCACAUCCAGCUGGUGGAGAGCUCUGAGCCCAUGUGCCUCUUCCUGGCGCCCUUUGAAACAUACAGCACGUGGGCCCUGGCAGUGGCCCUGUCCACCACCAUCCUGGGCUUCCUGCUGCCCUUCCCUGUCAUCGCAGUCUUCAACGUGCUGACGGCCUGCCGGCUUCAGCAGGCAGGAUGGCCGGAGGGCCGGCGCCACUGCCUGCUGGUGUCUGCCUACAUAGCAGUCUUUGUCAUCUGCUGGCUGCCCUACCAUGUGAGCCUGCUGCUGCUCACCCUGCAUGGGACCCACGUCUCCCUCCACUGCUACCUGACCCACCUGCUCUACUUCUUCUACGACAUCAUUGACUGCUUCUCCAUGCUCCACUGCGUCGUCAACCCCAUCCUUUACAACUUUCUCAGCCCGAGCUUCCGGGGCCGGCUGCUGAACGCUGUGGUCCAUUACCUUCCCAAGGUCCAGGCCAGGGAGGGCAGACAUGCUUCCUCUUCCUCCUCCUCCACUCAGCACUCCAUCGUCAUCACCAAGGAGGACAUCCAGCCCGCUGCAGCAGGCCACCCAAGCCUGAAUGCCCAGGCACCGAAUACCUCACCCAUCUCUGCUCCUCCAUCUCUUAGAGCCAGCUGAGGCAGAGUCCAGUCUCCUCCAUCAGUGAACUAGAAAGCAGGAGGGGUAGGUGAGAGAUCUGGAGGGUGAGGGUCAGAGCACUCGUGGUCCAUUUUGAAUAUGUC